AAACUCUCCAAUCUCAGAGGCUUAUGUUUUUGACGAAGAUCAAUCCAGCACAUCCAUGGAGAGAUACCUUGCAUCUUUGGAUCAAUUCGUUUCACCAUCAUCUGCUACGCUUGGUUCAGUAGAAAGUUCUCCAUUGUCAUCCUCGUCACCUGCUGAAUCGACUACUCUGUCAUCCAUGUCUACUGUUGAAAUGACUCCAUCAUCAUCCCAAAUAACUGCUGAACCUGUGGCAGGUUUUGUUGCUUCGGUAACUAGUGAUGGAGCUAUAACAGAAGAGACGGAUUCAUUUCAGCUAGAAUCAUUGGUAAAACAUCUAAGAAAAUCUCUGUCACAGGUUCUGCAUUCAGCUGAUAUAGAUCUCCAGUAUAAGAAGCUUCUGGAUGCUUUGGUUAAGAUUGUGAUUGAAGAUUUCUAUAGUUUGCAUGAAGAGAAGGACAUGGUUGUUGAGCUGUUUUCAAGGAAAGUAAAGAUUGUGCUGCUGAGCUUUGGGUUGUCCAUUCUUUUUGUUUCUUCUGGUUUCAUCCUCUCUUCAGAUGAUCAAAGCUCUUAUUAUGGCCCUCCACCAACCUAAAACUUCGACCGGGAAUUCAAGUGUUUGCACUGUAAGAUUCCAACCAUUCUAUCUGCUUAUUUUCACGUUUAUUUGAUCCCUUUUGGUAUUAGCUAGCAAUCUGAUCGAAUGAUUUUUGUCGAAAAUCCACGAACUAAAUACAAUAAGAUGAAACUUUUUCAUUGUCAACGUAUCCUUCAUGUCCACUAGGUGAUACACAAAUCCAGAAUUGAACUUAAAACCUAUACAAUAUUUUUGACAAGCCUAAUACACCUGAAUGAUUGAUCUAUUUGUUGGUUCACCAAAAGCCCAAGAAUAAAACAUCUUCUUUGUUGAACAAUUGCAUUGUCUUCUUUUUAAAAAUCAUCUCUUGUUCUUCCCCUGCUUGAUACUUUUGUCGAUCACCGAUCCACCAUCUUCAUUCUUCACCCAACUCUCUCCCCUGCUCGAAUCAGGUAUCAUGACAAUAUGUGGCUAUUAAGUAUUAACUGCUUCUCAUCCUCUCAUGUGAUUGAUAUGAUAAUGGGUUGAAUCUUCU